GUUGGUGUUUGCCAUUUCCUGCCAUCUCUGUUGCGUUCAUGCUCUGUGCACUUUGGUCUGCAACUGUCAAAGGUUUCAGGAACAUUUACUGCAAACAAUCAAGUGGAUUAAAAAUGCUUCUGCUUCUAUGUUGUUGGAUUAUUGCAGGGAUUAGAGCGGAGAUCACACCAGCGAUGCACUACCGUGAGAAACACGGCUCAAUAUGUCUACACAUAAAAUCACCAAAACACACACAUCCUGAGUGGCUUUUUGAAAAGGACAUUAUUGCUAUUAGUAAGAUCGUCACCGCCAAGUUCAAGGGCAAAGUGCGUUAUUAUCCAAACAACUCGUCCUUGUGUAUCACCGAGCUCAAUGAGACAGACAGCGGCCUCUAUACCUUUUCUUUUGUUAAUUCUAAUCAAAAAAGAUCAAUUGAGACCCACACACUGCAUGUUGAAGAAACUGUUCCCACGCCUUUCAUUCAGUUGUCCAAGCAAUCCUUAAACCUGUCUGUUGAAACCUGCAACACCGCAGUCAACUGCUCUGUCCAGGAUGACUGGUUGUGUUCUGUGUGUGACAUCAACAGUUGCAUAACAUCUCAGAGAUCAUUAUUCAGCAAGGUCAACAUCACCAUCUUCCUCCACCACAACACAUCUAUUGUCUGCAGUGGCAACAACAAUGUCAGCAAGAGCAAUGUUUCUGCAAGCAUAGAGGGAAUGUGCUUAGGAACACCACCUCCUGAAUCUCCACCUAAACAUGAACUUUAUGUAAUAGUAAUAGGUAUUACAUUUUGUGUAUGCCUCUGUACCUUUGCUGUCUGGGUGGCUAAAAUGCUCUUUCCAACGGAGUAUAAUCUUAAUCAGACAUCUCCUGCUCUGACAAUACAGCCAGCAGUGGUACAGCAACACUCUGCGCAGAGAGUCUCUUCCUCUUCUUCGAGUCAAGCUGAGGCCUUUUAUGAAAACGUGGAUGCUGGAUUGCCCUGUCAGAGCCCAAACAUCAGCUCAACAGAUGAGCCGGGGUCUAAGAAAGAUGUGAAUACCCUCUACAGCGUUUUACAGACAAAUCACAAGACUUCCCAUCAAGGCAAAAAUGAAAGCAGUGAAGAAACUAAAGGACAUCAGGUCACACAGGAGCAACCUGUGCAAGUCGACACGGUGUACAGUCUGUUGCAAAAGCCAAGAAAUGUGAAGUCACAGCACCACCAAUAGGUCAGACAAGAUUUUCAGAAUGCCCAAAAACUGGAGGAUAUAUCUUUUGUACAGUGUGUUUUCUUUCUUUCUGAGCUUUAUGUUUAGCCUUUUGUUUUAGUAAAACGGCAACCUUAAAUAA